UUAAGUUUGUGGUGAGCUCUCUGUCCAGACAUUUUUGUAAAUUUAAUUGUAUUUAAGGCUGUUACUUUGUGCUCUAAAUCAAAUUGAAAGCGGGAACGGCACUAGAAUAAAAAAAAUAUUGAUUAUUGUUAUUCUUUUUGCGGUGGGAACGUGAUUAAAGUGCGUUCGAGCCACUUUGCACAUGUCUCCCUGACAUUUUGAAAGUAGUUUUUUGUUCCAGUGAAGCGCAGUAUGUGUUGAAGAUGGAAGCAGGAGUUAAGAUGCACCUGAAAGAGUGGUUGGUGGCUCAGGUGGACAGUGGGCAAUAUGAAGGACUGUCCUGGGAGGAUGAAGGGAAAACCAUGUUCAGGAUCCCGUGGAAACACGCAGCCAAGAAGGACUACAAACAGACUGAGGAUGCGGCUCUCUUUAAGGCCUGGGCUGUGUAUAAAGGUAAAUACAUGGAGGGGAGGGAUAAAGCCGACCCAACCAUGUGGAAGACCCGUCUCCGCUGUGCACUCAACAAGAGCACAGACUUCCAGGAGGUCCCUGAACGCAACCAACUGGACAUCACAGAGCCCUAUAAAGUGUAUCGUAUCGUCCAUGAUACUGGGACGACCAAGCCAGCAGAGUCUCCCAAGAUGAUGAAGGAUCAAAUGAUCAUCCAAGCUAAGAGUUCUCCAAGGAGCCAAUGUUUUCUCAACAAAGAGCUUCAUUAUCAAAAUGAUUCAUUUCAAGCAAGUAAAGGAGAAGAAAAAACAUUUACUGAUGAUCUGAUGAGGGAGCACAUGUAUUGUGAGAUCACAGGAAAACCAUCUCAAAAUCAGAGCCCUAGGCCUUUAACCUUCCUCAGCCCAUCAUUUACUGUAUCAGACUUUCGUAUGCAGGUGACGUUGUUGUACCAAGGCCAGAAGGUGAUGAGAGUCACCACCAAGAGCCCAGAUGGGUGCUUUAUCCUGCAGGGUUGUGUUCCAUUGGGAAAUGAACGGAUAUAUGGACGCUGCACUGCCCAGCAGCUCUCCUUCCCCUCCCCAAGCUCCAUAUCCCUUCCAUCAAGCAUGGCUGAAGCGAUGAACCGCCUUCUUUGUCAUCUGGAGAGGGGCGUGUUAUUAUGGGUGGCCCCAGAUGGGGUGUUCAUCAAGCGGUUCUGCCAGGGUAGGGUGUACUGGAGCGGUCCCAUGGCUCAACACACUGACCAGCCCAACAAACUGGAGCGAGAGAAGACCUUCAAACUGCUUGAUGUCCCCACAUUUUUCAAUGAGCUUCAGAGCUGUUUACAGGGGAAGGGACCUAUACCUUCUUAUAGGAUUGAGCUCUGCUUUGGCGAGGAGUAUCCAGACCCAAACAUACCUAAAACCAAGAAGCUGAUCAUGACACAGGUGGUGCCCUUGUUUGCAGUAGAGCUGCUGCAGAAGUUCAACUUGGUAGACACUGAGGAAAAGCGUUCGACUCUCACCAUCAAUACAGACAGAGAGAGGAUGUAAGAAUGCUGGGAAGAGCCACCCUGCACCAGAAAAGGCACGGACAAUGUACAAAAGCUUUACUGUCAUCAUCAUAAAAUCCUAAGGGCACAGCAAAAAAUAUUGUCAGUGGAGAUGUAUAUAUGAUGAAUCUGCAAUGCAUCAAGGGAAAUUUAAUGUGUUAUUUUUUAUUGUUAUAACUGUUUUUUUUCCCUCUGUCCACCAUGCAGCUAGUGUUCGCUGAUAAACCAUACUGAUAACAUGUAUCUAAACUUUUUUUGUUAACCUCAUAGUCAGCAUAUGUAUUAAAUGAUAAUUUAAGUGUAUAUUACUUCACAGCAUGAGCGGGGAAAAAAUUGACACCUUUAAUUAAAUCUAUAAAGCUUUUUUUCUCCUUUAUUUCUAGCGAACAUCAUAUAACAGAUUCACAAUUUUUAAAAAUAUACAUUUUUGUAGCUAUAACAUUUAAAAAGAAAAAUCAACAGGUAAAGUUUUCUUUUUGAAAAUAAAAAAACAAACACAAAAACUAAAGUGAGAGAGUGUGCUGAAUCAGAGGAGAUACCCGUAUCUGAGUUUAAAAUACUUUCAUCAUUUUCCCUGUCUUCAAACAUAUACAGUACGUAAAAAAUUAGAUGGGAACAGAAGCGUACAGUACAUGGGGGUCAAGAGUAUUCACAAAGCAUCAUGUUCCAACGUGUUAUUAGCACCAUUACUCUUCAGCCAUACUGCACUUUUUACUCUUUCCAUCAUUCAGUUUUUAAUGGAAAAACACCAUGAGUGUCGAGGCGAUGUGGCACAGACCUGCCUGUGUAGGUGGGAUUGUCUGUUACGCAGUUUCAUUAGUGUUCUCCCUUUCUCAGAGAUAAUGUUAAGAACAUAUUGGAGGGCAAUGCCUUGACGAACAACCGUUUGAAAUGACUCCCAGUGAUGAGAAUAAAAAAAGGCGAAGAGUUGCUCAUACAUUCACCUUGCCUGCCCAGGCCGACAUGAAGACAUCGGCUCAGAAGCAAGAAAAAUAAAAAAACAAAACAAAAUGCAUUGCGAAAUUGACAGAGAUUGCAUUAAAUCUGUUUAGCAUAUUUACUGUAUAUAACAUCUGUAAUGUAAUAUAUAGU